UAAAGAAAUCUCACCAGUGAAGACGCCCUUCAUGGAAGCCCACCCUAAGAAUUUAGCAAUGCAUUGGCGUCGCAGCAGUUAAUGAGAGCGAUUAUAUCGAACACCUCAAAGAUGAAACAAUCAUCAGUUUUUCGUGGAAUUCAACGUGAGAAAAUAAGCUGUAGCACAUCGAAACCCGUGCCUGAUGGAUUUACAACCCAAGACAAGAAUGAUACCAUAAAAACUCUGUGCACACAGGGGCGAUUGAAAGAGGCAUUGGAUUUGUUAACUAGGAUGGAGUGGCAGGAGAUACAAUGCUCCACAUAUGCAUGUAUUUUGCAGGUGUGCGGCAAGAGUAAGGGCAACGACAGGCUCUCAGAGGUCAAGCUGGUGCACGCUCACAUCAUUCACACAGGACUCACUUCUCACAGAUUUGUGGCCAACGGCCUCCUUAAUGUCUAUGCCAAACACAAACAAGGGAAAGGCAGUGUGGAGGAUGCACGCAAAGUGUUUGACCAAAUGAUCGAGCGGGACAUCUGCUCCUGGAGUGUAAUUAUUGCAGCCUAUUCCAGACAUGGUUCUGCCCAGGCCAAACAAGGUUUGGAAUUGUUUGGAAAAAUGCAGCGUUCCGGCUUUCAAGCCAAUGAAUUCACAUUUGCUAGUGUGAUUUCGGCGUGUGCCAAACUAACAGACUUGGCACAAGGCAUGGAAGUUCAUAAAGGCGUAGUCGUGUGCGGUUACGAGUCUGAUGUCACUGUGGCGAAUGCCUUGGUUGAUAUGUAUGCAAAAUGUGGGAAUUUAGACGAUGCGCGUAAAGUGUUCGACAGAAUGUCACAGCGAAAUGCAGUGUCCCAGACUGCCAUGUUCACAGGAUAUGCGCAGAAGGGGUUUGUGGAUGAGGCGCUGGGGUUGUUUUGGGAUAUGCCUGAACGAGACGUGGCAUCCUGGACAGCCAUGGUUGCUGGACUUGUGCAAAAUGGACGGAGUGAUGAGGCUUUAGAACUUUUUAGGGUAAUGCCUGAACAAGAUGUGGCUUCUUGGACAGUGAUGAUCGCAGGAUUGGCACAGGACGGUCGGAGCGCAGAGGCUUUGGAGCUUUAUAGAGAAAUGCAAGCAGCAUCAGACACACGGCCAGAUGCGAAAACUUUCUCCAGUGUUCUUCCUGCAUGUGCCAAUUUGGCUGCAUUGGAACAAGGUAUGGAAAUUCACGAAGAAAUAAUUAGAUCUGGAUUUCAGUCUGCUGUGUUUGUGGAGAGUGCCCUUGUUGAUAUGUAUGCAAAAUGUGGCAAUUUGGAGAAAGCUCGUGAAGUUUUUGACAAAAUGUCUGAAAGAGACGUGGUCGCGUGGACCACAAUAAUUGAAGGCUAUGCAGGGCACGGCCUUGCCAAAGAGGCCAUUAAGCUCUUCGAACAAAUGCAACACCAAUCGGGGAUAAUCCCCAACCGUGCCACCUUCGUUUCAAUUUUGUCUGCCUGCUGCCGUGCUGGCUUAGUGAGUGAAGGCAAACGAUACUUUGAGUGCAUGAGUCGAGACUAUAAUGUCACACCUGAAAUGCAGCACUAUGCCUGCAUUGUUGAUCUUCUCGGACGUGCGGGACACCUUGAUAAGGCAGAAGAGUUCAUCAAUAAAAUGCCAAUACGACCUGAUGCAACUGUGUGGAGAUCAUUGCUUGCCGCCUGUAGAAUUCACAACAAUAUAGAUUUAGGAGAACGGGUUGCUGCCCAUCUUUUUGAGUUAGAGCCCAAAAACGUUGGGCCUUAUGUGCUGCUAUCAAACAUGUAUGCAGUAGCUGAAAGGUGGGAUGAUGCUGAAAACAUGAGGAAAAUAAUGAAAGAAGUGCGGAUAGAAAGUAGGCCUGGAUGGAGCUGGAUUGAGGUCAAUAAACAAGUGUAUGCUUUCCUUGCUGGGGAUCGAUUGCAUCCUCAUACAGAAGAUAUAUUUGCAGAUUAUGCAUGACUAAGAACUUCUACGGUAUGAUGUGUAGGAGAACCAAGAAGCUGGUAGUUGCCUUUGGUCUUAUCCACAUUCUACAAGUAAAACCGUCUUGGGUAUAAAAAUAUGUCGAGUGUAUGGAGACUGCAAUUCUGCUACAAAUUUGUCUCCAAGAUUAUUGCACAAGACAUCAGUGCUAAUUAAUACAUUCUUUCAGGAUGAACAAAGCUCUUGUAGGGAUUGAAACAAGCGGUCCAAAUGUUUUCAUAAGAAGAAAGCCCAUGUUUCCAAACUGUUCUGUAUCGUCGACACAGGACUAGGUAUAAGAUGGACUAUUUUGACUUGGAAGAUGGAUUUCUAAGCAAGCAUAUAUUGGCAGGAGAUCCUGGUGUCUUGUUGGAGCAUGAGAGCAUGGUGAAGAUUCAUAUGGAUAUGGAUGGCUAAGGGAUGCUUUCCCCUUUUUAUGAUUCCUAUGGGUGUCUUUACAAUGUAUGAUGUCAAGUGGAAGAAUGUUAGGAUAAAGGUGCCAUCUACCUUGUAAAUCUUAUGGCAUGGUUCCAACAUCCUUGGAAAGUGUCCUAAGGCACAUAGGAUGUAUUAGAAAAUUAAUUUGUAAUAUUUAAUUCUCACCAUUAUUUGUAAUAUAUUCAUAAGGGGUGAUGGGUUCCACUA